AGUGACGCGCGCAAGUAAGCAAGCAACCGGCGUUAUUGCGCGAUUCUAUUAUGUAAUACCGUAAUCGCAAACGAAUGAAGCCGCGUGUUACACCAAUUUAUCAAAACAAAUCGGAUCAAAUCGCUCGAGAAAGUUGAAUAUCGCUCAACUGAAUUAUCGCUUUUAUCAACUAUACAAUUGAUAACAACGUUUCUCCGUCGGUGAUGGCGGAGCGUCGCGCGGAACGACAGAUGGCAGAAUGUCUCUCAUAACGUCGCACGUGUUACGUUGCCACGGUUUGGUGAGGCUCGUUAUUCCGUCGCGAUUCGUAGCAACCGGCAGACCGGCAUUGAGAAGCCUCGCUGUACACACGAAACAUUGUCGAGACAUGUCGUACACGGUGACCGAACGGGGUGCGCUCAACAGCACGGACUACAGGAUAUUUUUCAAAAAUGAGUCUGGAAUUCCAAUCUCACCCAUGCAUGACAUUCCACUGUUUGCCAACAAAGACAACAAGAUCUUGCACAUGAUUGUUGAAAUACCACGAUGGACAAAUGCUAAAAUGGAAAUAUGUCUUAAAGAAAGUUUGAAUCCCAUUAAGCAGGAUGUUAAGAAGGGCAAAUUGAGAUUUGUUGCCAAUUGUUUCCCUCAUCAUGGCUACAUAUGGAAUUAUGGAGCUUUGCCUCAGACAUGGGAAAAUCCUGAUGUUUUGGAUGAAGCAACAGGCUGCAAAGGUGACAACGAUCCCAUUGAUGUUCUUGAAAUUGGCUAUAGGGUUGCAAAACGGGGUGAGAUAUUAAAAGUGAAAGUUCUUGGAACAGUGGCACUUAUUGAUGAAGGUGAAACGGAUUGGAAAAUUAUUGUAAUUGAUGUUAAUGAUCCUUUGGCAGAUCAAAUGAAUGAUAUUACUGAUAUUGAGAAGCAUUGCCCAGGUUUAAUGAAAGCUACAAUUGAAUGGUUUAAGAUAUAUAAAAUUCCGGAUGGAAAGCCAGAAAAUCAAUUUGCAUUCAAUGGCGAAGCAAAAACACGAGAUUUUGCACUACACAUUAUUGAAGAAGUGCAUCAACACUGGAAAAAUUUAGUUAAGGAAGGGUCAUCUGGUGAAAUAGAUUGUUCCAACGUAACAGUGGAAGAGAGUCCUUUUAAGAUUACCGAAGAAGCUGCACAAGAAGUUUUAGGAAAGGCACCUGAACCAGUGGAGCCUCAAAUUGUAGAACCGAUAGUCGAUAAAUGGCAUUACGUACACCUUAAAUGAAGAUGAGACGGAUAUCUUCAGUCAACUAUAUCGAAGUCGGCUACUCAUUCAUAUUCAACAUGGAAUCUUUUCUCAUUUAUCAUUUUCAUGCUUUCCCACAAUACAUUAUUUUUUCCAUUGCAUUUAAAUAAUUUAAGCAUUUAAAAACAAUUUGAUAUAUAUGCGGUGCUUUUGUUCACUUUUAUUGAAGUUUUUAUUAUUUUUUUAAUAAUUACAUUUUAAUAACAAAUAUAUUAAAUUGAACAAUAUAGGUUAAACAAUUUACAAAUAGCAUCUCUUUGAAUAUGCUCCGCAUAUAUAUUAUCUUUGUUAUGAUAUUAUAUCCAUAGCGGUAUGUUAGACUAUGAAAGAAACAUAAUCUCAUUAUGGGUUGUGAUAUAGCGGUAUGAUUCUUGGCAGAUGGAUUUCAUAGAUAAAAGAACGCGAAUAGUGUUCUCUUCAGUAUUUUUCCUAAUAUGGAGAUAACAAUAAAUAAGCUGAGACAUGCAUAUAUAUUAUUUCCAAGAGUUAUCCUUGUUCUUCAUAUAUCAUUUUGAGCAAAUUUAAAAAAUUUCUUAUCUACAUUUUCUAUAUUUUCUAUUUUCUUCUUGAAUUUAGAUGAAUGAAGUUAAAAUUAUUUUUUCCAAUUUUUUUAAAAGAUUGAAAAAAGUCAUGAAUGGAUCAGAUAAAUAUGGUUAAAUAUGUAUGUGUGUGUGUGUGUGUGUGCGUGUAUGUGUGCGCGCGCACGCGUGUGUUGAUUCUAUUUUAUUUCACUAAAGCCACAUCUUUGGGCACUGUAUGUUUCACAGAGUGGUCUCCAGAGACAUUUGUACUCUUUUGGAAAUGUACUUACCAAUGUAUACUAGGGACUAUAUGUAUACAUUCUUUCACUUGACACGCACUUGCUUUGGACUCACAAAGUGGAGCGGCCCUUUGGAGCUAUAAAUUCUGCAGUUAGUCUCCAGAGCAUAAAAACAAAUUACUGUUCUUACCAAAAAGAUCGAACAAACGACAAUUUCUUGAUAUUUUGGGCAAUAGAGAAGUGAAACUUGAGAAAUUGUUGUAGAAUGUAACAACGCGUUUGAUCACAAAAAUGUUAGGAAAUUCAUAGAAAGUACAUUUUAUUGUGUAUGGUAAAUUCAAAAUGAUAAUAUUGAAAUAUGAUAAGCUCAACAUCUUUUGUUUAUUAUAUAUAUAUAGUCCGUAUUUAAAAUGCGCUCAUAAAGAUGUUAGUGCAUUUUUUAUAAUUCUAUCUUUAUAAUUUAUUAUGAAAUGAAGAUGGAAUGUUAAAAAGUGAACUGAAAUCUUUAUAAGAGUAUUUGACGAUAUGAGUCAUAUGUUAUACAUAUAUUUUUUUAAUUUGAAGAUAUUUAAUAUAAAAAUAUAUUUGAACAAUUUCAAGUUUUAAUAAGUUGGCAGAAAUUAACUGUCGACAGUGUAAUAAAUUUUACAUCUAAAAUUGUCAUUGUCAAUAAAUCUGUUAUAGU